UUUGGCUCACAGUUUCUAAAACUAUACACACCAAAAUCAUUUUCAAUGGAUUCUCAAGAUGAUUUACCUCUUAUCGAUGUCCUAACAUUUAUUACGGAUGAGUUGCUUCAUACAUACCGGUCUUGUGUUGGAGAAAUAGAUAAAGAAAAAUCUAUCACCGAAUUUUUGGAAAGAUUGGAUGAUGAUAAAUCCAUUUUAAAACUCAAGACGAUCAAUAUUGAAAUCAAAUCUGAUCUGGAUUGGUUUAAUGUUAGUCGGCCUUUAACACUUUCAGAACUUCGCGGUAAAAUAGUAAUUUUAGACUUUUUUACUUAUUGUUGCAUUAAUUGUAUGCACGUAUUACCUGAGCUUCAUUGUUUGCAAGAACGCUUUCCUCCAGAAAGUGGAUUGGUUAUCAUCGGAGUGCAUAGUCCCAAAUUUGAGAAUGAACGUGCUAAUUCAAACAUAUUAUCUGCAGUACUACGAUAUGGUGUUACCCAUCCCAUUGUAAACGACUUUGGUUCUACAUUAUGGCAAACUCUUAGUAUACGCUGUUGGCCAUCACUUAUAGUUUUGAGUCCUGCUGGAUUGCCUUUAUUACUUCUAAUGGGCGAAGGGCACGGGAAAUUUCUCGAGAAAUUUGUAAGUGUCGCGUUGUCAUUCUUUAGUCGUCAAGGAAAAAUAGAAAACUUUAACUUACCCCUUCAAAUAUCGACUAAUACCGAUCCUGCUUCAAAGUUACGUUUUCCUGCAAAGAUUGCCCGUAGUCCAAAAGGCCGGUUCGGAGUUUGUGAUGCUGGUAAUAAUCGAAUUCUGGUAGUUUCAAGCCGUGGGUUGGUGCAACACAUAAUUGGAGGACACAAGGCGGGACUUAAUGAUGGAACAUUUUCUGAGGCACGAUUUAAACAUCCCCAGGGCUUAACGUUUCUUGAUGAAAAUAAUUUGAUUGUAGCAGACACGGAAAAUCACGCAUUGCGAAAGAUUUCUUUAAUCGACGGAGUGGUCGAAACUCUUGCUGGUACUGGUUUUCAAGGAUGUGAUCGAAUUGGAGGCAACGCAGGUCCGCAGCAGCCUAUAUCCUCGCCUUGGGAUGUGGCUGUAUUUCGCACUCGUGAUAUGGAUAUGUCUUUUCAUCUUGACGAACGGAACGUACUAGAAAAAACAAUUGUACUUAUUUCAAUGGCCGGAACGCACCAAAUUUGGGGGUAUUUCCCCGAAGGCAUUAUUUGGUGGAAGUUUCGCAAGUUUGAUCCCUUGUGUUGUGUCUCAUUAAUUGGAAAUGGCUUAGAAGAGAAUCGUAACAAUUCGUAUCCUCAGAAUGCUGCAUUUGCACAACCAUCAGGAUUAUCGAUGUCAAAAGACUUUUUGUUUGUUGCUGACAGUGAAAGCUCAAGCAUACGUAAAGUUUCCUUAGUUGAUGGAAAGGUUAUGCCAGUUGUUGGUGGGGACCGAAAUCCUCUUAAUCUUUUCGCAUUUGGCGAUAUUGACGGUAAGCUUUAUAACGCCAAACUGCAACAUCCUUUGGGAGUGGCUUGUCAUACUAUUGAAAACAAGGUUUUUGUGGCCGACACUUAUAAUCACAAAAUCAAAGUUAUUGAUACUGAAAAGAAUUAUGUUUCAACGAUGGCAAUUGUGAAUCAAGAAGGUACUCCUAUAGUUCUGAACGAGCCAACGGGAUUAUGCUUGGACGCAGACGAAUCUAAUAUAUUAGUGGCUGAUACCAACAACCAUACAAUAUAUAUAAUUGACUUGAUAACUCUAAAGGCAAAGCCAUUUAGUUUAGAUUUUAGUCAAGUCACAGAAGAAAAAUUGAAUGAGCCCCAAAAUGUACCAUUAAAUAGAGAGCUUGCCUCUAAAAAACUUUCUUUACAUGAUAGUGAUAUAAAUACUAUUACAUUUAAUGUUUCACUAUUAUUACCACUUCAGUUUACCAAAGAAGCUCCUCAGAAAUGGAUAAUACAAAAAAUAAGUCAGUUCGUUGACGUAACUCAAUUUUCAGGAACUUUAGAUAAUGGAAUGUGUAAUAUUCAAGUGAAGCAUAAACCCCGUAAUAGAGAUACUACAAACCAAAUCGUUAUUGAAUUUCUAUUAAACUUAUGUGAGGUUAAAUGUUGCCUUAUAAAACGGAUUUUAGUAACAAUAGAUAUAAACUUUAACGAGAAAGAGUGUAAAAAUAGACAUGAUGUAAAUAUUCAAAUCGAUCGGUCUACAUUAAGUAUCGAGUAAGGAAAAUUGUUAGUUUUCUGUACAAGAUUUUAUUGAAAAUAGGUACGAAAAUGUAUUAAUCGAAUAACAAUUUGAACACUA